AUGGAAGUCAACUUGGCUCCCGACCACGACCAGAUCGAAAGCACCAGCAAGGAAAGUGUCGAAUUUCAGCAAGAUGGACGUGACGAUGCCUCCUCUAUCCGGUCGGAGGCCCUAGGCGAUAACCUCCCCCCGGGCUACUUCUAUUCCCCGCGGUUCAUCGGCUGCCUUACAGGGUUCUGUCUGUCGGCUCUCUCGGCAUACAUCUUCUUGAUUCUACCCACCAAUGUGCUGUCUUACAUCAACGCUGAUAUCGGGCCGAGCCCGUACAUCUCCUGGGUCAAUAUUGCGCGAACCCUUGCUCUCUCCUUUACCUACACUAUUCUCGGCCGCCUCUCCGAUCUGUUCGGUCGACGAUGGUUCUUCAUCGGUGGCAACUGCGUUGCCAUGAUUGGCAUCAUUGUGAGCGCCACCGCUCAGAAUGUUAACACCUUGAUCGUUGGCGCCGCGGUGUAUGGCCUCGGCGAGACUGUCCAGCUCAGCUUCAACGUCGCUAUUGGAGAGCUGGUGCCCAACAAGUACCGGCCCAUGGUGCUUUCGUUCAUCUUCUUGACCAAUGCACCGAUCGCAACCUUCGGUCCUAUUAUGAGCCGUAAAUUGAUCUCGAACCCGAAUCUUGGCUGGCGAUGGUGCUACUACAUCAACAUCAUUUGUGUUGGCCUGGCGAUCAUCCUGCUCUUCUUUUUCUACCACCCUCCCACUUUCGACCUGCUGCACGAGAGGAAGACCAAGCGCCAGUUGCUGAAACAGCUGGAUUACAUCGGUAUCUUCUUGUGGACGGCCGGUCUCACCCUCUUCCUAAUGGGCGUCUCCUGGGGAGGCAGCAUUUACCCCUGGAAGUCCGCCGCCGUUAUUUCCAGCAUACUUAUUGGCGGUGCCAUGCUGGUCGGUCUCUUCGUCUAUGAGGGAACCGUGGAUCUUAAAUAUCCUGCCAUUCCGGUCAAGUUCUUUGCCAACCGCGGCUUCAUCAGUCUUGUGGCUUGCGCGACAGUGGCGAGUAUGUUCUACUACUCGGCGGUGCUUCUCUGGCCUCAACAGGUUCAGGCUCUGUACACGAAAGACAUCACUUAUGCUGGCUGGCUCUCGUCUACGGUAGCGAGCUCCACUGCUCUUGGCCAGAUCUGCGCUGGUGCCAUUGUUAAAUGGGGAGGAAACGUUCGUUACUGGAUCAUUUUCUCCGCAUUCGCCAUGGUUGGCUUCGUGGCUGCCCUGGCUUCUCUCACGCCCGAGACCAAGAGUGCCGGAAUCGCACUGACCAUCCUUGGUCCUUUCUUUGUCGGCUUUAUCGAGCUCGUCUCCCUUGCCCUCGCUCCGUUGUACUGCAAGCCAUCCGACAUCGGUCUCGCUUCAGGCUUGCUGGCAUCGAUCCGGUCCGCCGGCGGAUCCAUCGCCGUUGCCGUGUACAGCUCGAUCCUAACGAACCGCCUGACCACGACGCUGCCGGAUAAUAUUGGACCGGCGGCCACCGAGGCGGGACUCCCUUCGAGCGAGGUAUCGGCCCUCGUCGCGGCGGUGCGGGCCGGGAAGCUCGCAACGUUCCCCGGCAUCACAGCUGCCAUCAAGGAGGCCGUCGAGCGGGUGCUCCCGAUGGCGUAUUCGCAGGCGUUCAAGACUGUCUACCUUGCCAGCUUGGGCUUCGGCGCCAUCGCGAUCAUGGGAAGCCUGUUUUCCAAGGAUGCCCAGAAGCACCUGAAUGACAAGGUGGAGCGGAAGAUGCAUACUGUUGCAAAGACCACCGAGGAGAAGACAAAGGACGUGGUGUAAGACAUGCAUAAUGUCUGAGCAUGAGGAAGAUGGAUUGGAUUUGGGGCUAGGCUCAGGCAAUGAAGAAGUGGUGGUACGGUGUAGGAAUAUGGACUUCUCGGGGGUUAAGAGUUCAGCUUCGUCAGUUUCAAAUUACGUGUAGCUAGACAGGCAAUGUUCGAAUGCCUCCUCCCUGAGAUCCGUCC